AUGAGCAACAAAGGGGAAGACCCCAUGGAGGGCUACGACCCGAAUGCGCUGCCUCAGACUCGUAGCUAUCAGCAGGAGAUGCUCGAGCAGAGUCUGCAUCGCAACAUCAUCAUCGCCCUCGACACGGGCUCAGGAAAGACGCACAUCGCUGUCCUCCGCUUGAAGCACGAGAUGGAGCGUCGAACGAACAAGAUAUCUUGGUUCUUCGCGCCAACGGUCGGCCUCUGUGAGCAACAGCGCAGUGUGAUACAGAGGUCCCUCCCUGUCCCUGUUGGCUUGAUCUCGGGUGCUCUGGAGCCCGACCAGUGGAAGGACGCAGCACUCUGGAUGCGUGUUUUGCGCGACCACAAAAUCAUGAUAUCCACACCUCAAGUCCUUCUCGAUGCGCUUCGCCACGGGUAUAUCAACCUUGGGCGCGACAUCAGCUUACUCGUCUUCGAUGAGGCUCAUCACGCGGUCGACAACCAUCCGUACAAUCGCGUCAUGCUUGAGUUCUAUAGACCUUUGGCCACAGUCCCAGUCAACGUCGAGUCGCAAAUUGCGCCAGGGAAGGUCGUACCCCUAUGUCGUCCGGCUGUCCUAGGCCUCACAGCCAGUCCCAUAUUUGGUGGCAACACUGAGAAAGCCUUCCGGACUAUUGAGAGUAAUCUCGACGCCACAAUAUGCGCACCAGUUGUGCAUCGGAAAGAGCUCCUGUCCCACGUACAUCGUCCGACUUUCAAGCACGUCAUGUACACACCCCCGGGAGAAUGGGACCGGCCUUUCUCGACGAAUCUCGCCUCUCUGCAGGCGGUCGUCAAGUCGGUCGACAUCAACCGCGACCCGGCUGUCAUCUCCCUACGUCAAAAGCUCCCGACUCUCGCUCGCGGCACUCCGGAAUACGAGCGCACUGACCAGAGACUUUCAAAGGCAAUUCACAAGAAGAAGACGUUCACGCACACUGGUUUAACCCAGUUCCAGCGCGCUGCGGAGGAGAUUUGCGAGGAUAUCGGAGGGUGGGCGGCUGACUGGUACGUCUGGACAGUCGUGCAGGAGGCACGUAAGGCCGCCCGCAUAGGCAACAGCAUCAUCAGCCUCUCGAGCUGGGGGAACAAGGAGAAGAAGUAUCUGUUGGAUAUCCUCGACCGCGUCCACGUCAACCCAGUCUCCCUAGCCCCAGAUGAUAUCCUCGACGACUCCACCGAGAAGGUGCACGCCCUCGUCAACACGCUCCUAAGCGAGAAGGCCGAGGCCGAGGCCGCGAACGAAGCCUUCAGCGCGCUCGUCUUCGUUGAGCGCCGCGACUCCGUGUUCGCGCUGGCAGAGCUCUUGAAGAAUCACCCUGUCGCGGGACGCGAGUUCUCUGUGGGUAACCUGGUUGGGACGUCGGAGAGCACGCAUAGGCACUCCUUCCUUGAUAUCACACGCGUUCUCUUGGACCAGAAGCUGGAUGAGACGCUCGAGGACUUCCGCCUCGGCACGAAGAACGUCAUCGUAUCGACCUCCGUAGCGGAAGAGGGCAUUGAUAUCCAGGCGUGCGGGUGCGUCGUCCGAUGGGACCCGCCGCCGAACAUGGCGAGCUGGGUGCAGAGCAGAGGUCGCGCCCGACGCAAGCGAAGCGUCUUCGUCUCGCUGUUCUCUACGGAAGGCGGUCAUCGGAAGGACGUGAACGAGUGGGAGCGUCUGGAGAAGGAGAUGGUCGACAGGUAUACGGAUCCAACGCGCGUACAGUAUAACCAGGACGCAGGCUGGGGUGAGGACGGGGAGGAUGAAGAUGAGGAAGAGUUGAUCUACACGAAUCCGACUACUGGGGCCAAGAUCACCCUACAAUCGGCAUUGCCUCAUCUUGAGCACUUUUGCGCCAUGAUCCCCUUCUCAGCCCAUACCGAUAACCGGCCCAUAUAUGACGUUGAUCCUCCGGAAAUGCCCCCCGGCUGGCACGAAAACACGCGUGUCGAAGUCCCUCUCCCCACCGGUCCAUUCGGCGCGACCGUCACUCUGCCCCGCGUCGUGCCUUUGGAGGUUCGCUCCUUCACCGUCCCGCGCGAGUUCAGCACGAAGAUAUCCGCGUUCCGGCAUGUUGCCUUCGUGGCGUAUACGACGCUACACAAGUGCGGGCUUCUGAACGACCAUUUCCUGCCGUUCACCACCGUCAUUGAUCCAGAGCGGGAGGAGGAGGUGCGCGAGAUGCUCAAGGACGUGGAGCAACGGGCUGGUAUGGCAAAUGUGACUGGGCAGAUGGAUCCCUGGCGUCCUCGGAACCCUGGCGAUCUCGGUUGGCACGGUGCUUCCUUGCGUAUCGGAUUAUUGCGGCCGCUUUUACUCUUGACGAAGAAUCCGCAAAGCGAAUGGACAGAGCAAGAUGGGCCCCGGCUCCAUAGGAAAGGAGAGGAUUCCAUGAUAGUCACUCUUCGCCGCCUCGGAAGAGUUGAUUCCGUUGACGAUCGUGUGAUCCGGGCGACUGAGUACACUAGACGCAUGUUCUGGGCUCAAAGUGGCGCGCGAAUGAACUGGGACAACACCAGUUUCGCCUAUCUUCUCCUUCCCGUCAACCCUCCCCAAAGCGACAUUUGGGAGCGACGACGCGCUUGGUGGCGCGCUCACUCAUCUUUCGAUCCGCAGCCAUCUCGUCAAGGUCUUGUCAAUGCGCAAACAUUUGGCCGAGCCUUCGGUUAUCCCAACGAUAUCGUCCUCAUCCGCCAGGGCACCGACUUCGGCAAGACGUAUCGCUUUGUGCGUUGGGCGCACGAACCGAUCGAUGCAGAGGAGGAGGAGAAGCUCCGCACUCGAUACGAAACUGUGGACGGCUACAAAGGAAUCACCUAUCCGAUCCUUGUCGUGCAACCGCUACCUGCUCGAGUCAACUUCCUUGCCCCCCUUCCUCCACGCGCAUCCGCCGCGCCCACAUCUGACCCUCGCUUCGUAUACUUGCUGCCUCAGUUCGCUUCCGUUAUUCUGCAAGGCCAGCAGGACGCAGAAUAUGCUGCCUUGCUUCCCUCUACCCUGCGUGCCCUGGAGGUUACGACAACGGUAGACUCUCUGAAAGAGCAUCUUUUUGCGUCUACGCCAAUGGAAAGCGUACCCCAAUCGCUCAUGUCUGUGGCAAUGACCGCACCGGUCUCGCAAGAGCCAGUGAACUAUCAGCGAUUGGAGACGAUGGGCGAUACUGUGCUGAAGUAUCUCGUUUCUAUACAGCUGUACGCAGAAUAUCCCUUGUGGCAUGAAGGGUAUCUUGCGAAGCAGAAGGAUCAUACAGUCUCGAAUGUACGCCUAGCCAAGAUCAGCGUCCGACGUCACAUCUUCCAAUGGAUUAUUCGAGAUAGGCUUGUUGGCAAGAAGUGGAAGCCUAAGUACUGUAUAACGGUGGAGAAUGCAUCGAAUCCGGCAGGAGCUCUGGAACCGAGCAAGGAGGAUGGGAAGAAGGGCGAGGAGGAUCAAGUCGCUCCCUCUGUAAGGGAAAAGUCCACGGGGACAGAAGUAGCGUCAGAGAAGAAUAAACCGAAGAAGAAAAAGAAGAAAGACAAUAAUCAGCUAUCCACGAAAGUCUUGGCCGACGUAAUCGAAUCCCUCAUUGGCGCCGCCUAUGUGCACGGAGGUCUUUCGUUGGGCAGGGCGUGCGCCCAAUUCUUCGACCUGGGACUGAAAUGGGACACGACCUCAGCGCGCAUAUCCACCAUUCUAUCGCGCACCGUGACCCUAGACCAAUAUCCGGCUGAACUCCAAUAUGUCGAGCGUAUGCUUGGCUACACCUUUGAGCGCAAAGCACUUCUGAUCGAAGCGCUCACGCAUGCCAGCUACCAGGAGCCUCUUCCGACCCCGUCGUACGGACGCUUGGAGUUCUUGGGCGAUGCGGUUCUCGACAUGGCGGUGACUCCGUACAUCUUCGCGUCCAAAAAGAACUACAGCCCGGGGCACAUUCACCUUCGUCGCAGCGCGGCCGUCAAUAUGCACUUCCUCGCCUUUGUUUGCCUACGCGCGAAGGUUGCUGUCGACAAGCAUAUGCCGCGCCCCACUGCGCCUGACUGGCGCGUGCAGAUGGCAACUGAGUCUCAGGACAUCUACCUCUGGCAGUGCAUGCUGCACUCUAGCUCCACUGUGAUCGAUGACCAGAACAAUACAUUUGCGCGCUUCCGACGACUGGAGAAGGAAAUAUCCGAAGCACUGGAGACAGGCGACAUCUUUCCCUGGGCGGCGCUUACCCGCAUGCAGGCGCCGAAGUUCUUCAGCGACGUCGUCGAGAGCUUGAUAGGCGCGGUGUUCCUGGAUGCCGAAGGAGACAUGGAGAUCGCGACUGAUGUUAUACGUACCCUCGGGAUUAUGCGCGUGCUGGAGCGCGUUGUCGAUGAAGACCUCGAUGUCCUUCACCCCCUCUCACGCCUCUCAGUAUGGGCGCAGCAGGCCCACAAGGAGCUGGAACUCAUAAGUGAGAAGGAGAAGGGAAAGGCCGUUUGUCGGGUGCUCGUCGAUGGCGAAGAGAUUGCCCGGGACGAAGACGCUUACCACGGAAAGGUCAGUUUGAACGAGGUCAAGUUUACCGCAGCAGAGAAGGCCGUACGCGUCCUGAAGGUGCGCGAGGGAGACGAGAAGGGGCGGAUGAUGAUGGGCAAGCGUAAGAGUGUGCGACCCGAUGCCAAGUUAUGA